UAUAUAUAUAAUAUAUAUACAAAAAAUAUAUAUAUUUUUUGAGAUGGAGUCUCUCUCUGUUGCCUAAGCUGGAGUGCAGUGUUACUAUCUUGGCUCACUGCAACCUCUGCCUCCUGGGUUCAGGUGAUUCUUCUGCCUUAGCCUCCUGAGUAGCUGGUAUUAUAGGCACCUGCCACCAUGCCCUGCUAAUUUUCAUAUUUUUAGUAGAGAUGGGGUUUCACCAUGUUGACCAGGCUGGUCUUGAGCUCCUGACCUCAGGUGAUCUGCCUGCCUCAGCCUCCCAAAGUGCUGGGAUUACAGGCAUGAGCCACAGUGCCCAGCAAAAAAGCUGUAGUUUGAAUGAGUGUUAUAACGUAAACAGAGAUUUGCUGUUGCCAAGUUUUGAGAGAGGAAUGUUCCUACGAAGCAUUUAGUUCUCAGCGUGUUCCUCCCCUUGGAUGUAUAUUAAAUGAUCCUGACAGCUUCAGCUGACGUGAGUUUUGAGGAAUUCCAAGCUAAUCUAUCAGGUCGUAUCUACAGAUACUUUGGGGAUCUCUUGUUAAACAGUUGGGAAGUUCUAAAUAUUUCCAUGAAAAAGUUGCCAGGAAAGAGCAAUCUGCUAAUAAAAAGGAGAAUGACAUAGUUUGAGGGUCUACUUAUUGUAAAGCAAGAGAAAGAACAGUACUGGAGUAAAAUGAGGUCACAGCUGUGAUGAACGGCUGUGGUGGCUUAGCUAUUGAGGCCAGGCUAAGCUGUUUACCACCAGAUUUUGAUACAAAGGGACACUACCAGAAAGGAUCCUUUGGAAAUACGUGGUGGAGUUGCAAGAAAUAAAUCUUCAUUCAUGAAACUGGCAACCUUUGGGGCAAUGCUGACUCACACAGAGGAGGAAGGCCUGUCCUUUGCAAAAGACAAAAUGGUUUGCAACCAACUGUAUUUAGUCUUUAGAAAAUUAUGGGCCUCCUUGCUUUGCAGAAGGGUCAGAGUUUCCAAAAGAGAUUUCUUUCACCAGGUGGCUACCCACUAAUAAAGGCCAUACUGCUUCUUUCAAAGAUGACAGAAUUUAAAAGGUGCAUCAGAACUCUGUAAAUGCAAUGAUGAUUACUGUUUGUCAAAUAUGUCGUUGCUUCCUGCAUGAGUCCUGUCUCCAGUUAGCUGUGGCAGUUUCUGAGAUGAGCUGGCCUCUGUGGAAGACCCACUGGUGAAAGGUGGGCUGGACACAGGACCAAAAAGGUUCAAUUUAGGGGUUCAACUUGGGGACCCCAAAAUGCCUGCAGUCAAAGCAUGAGGACAACAAAGAGUUGCCACUUCUCUUUUUCUUCCCUUCCUCCUCCUCCUGCUUUCUGUGUCCUUCUUGCUCCACUUCUCUCAGCUCCUUACCAGAAGCCUGACUUAGGGGUCCAGUACCUGUCUGUUUCCAUGGAACAAUUUCUGACAAGUUAACCAGCCAGUCAGUUGACUUCCUAUUCCCUAGGCUCAAUUGCCCUUCCUCAACUCAACCAUUACUGGAAGGUAGCUGGAGGAAAUGAGAAGCUGAGGAGAAACCAGUGCUUUUUUCUGUGUAGGAUAUAUUAAGCAUAAGCACAAUUAGUAGUUUUAUCUGUGAAUAAAAGUAUCCUAAAUGGAUCCUGGCUGUGUGAUUUCAGGCUUUCGAGGAGUGCCCUCUUGGAAUGUCAAGUUUCAUUCCUUAAAGCCCUGAGGGCAGGUUCUUAACACUGGCUGGGGGUCAAAUAGGGUACUGACUAUAUUUCCAUUUCACCAGGGAACUCCAAGGUCAAAAACAAGGCUACACCUGACAGAACAUUUAAAAAAGAAUUACACUGCUAUGCAAAUACAAGGAAGUGUUCACUCAUUUUCACCAACUCUGGGUGCACUGCCUAUGAGUUAGCUCAGCUCUUCAAGGAAAUUUAUGAUUAAAAAAAAAUUCAUUGCCUUUCCACCUUCCAGCAUAGUACUUCAAGUUGAGAUGCUCACCGGGGCCUCCUAACCCCUCUCUUUGGAUGCAACCCCUUUCUUCCCAGGUAGUCCAUUCUGCAGGACUGUUAAAACAGUAUUUCUUAUUUGCCAUUUCGAAUCCUGAAGGAUUCACUGGGUGCCUACUGUACACCUUCGCUUGAAAACUUUCAGAGAUUUCCUGUAUUCUGCUUCAUGCCCAGCUCCACCUUCCCAUCUAAACAUUGCCCACUACUCCUCCUAAGCCUUCCAGUCUUGCCAACCUCCAAAGCACCAUGCCAUGGAGCCUAAAAUGCCCUCUUCUCUCCCCUCUGAGCCUGUUCAAACUCAGCUUAGUCUCUCGUCCUGGGUUUUGGUGUCCCUCCAGGGUAAAGGGGUGGGGAGGGUGCCUUCAUUCUGACUGGCUCCUAGUGAGGCAGCCCCACUUGAGGAAGAGGCUGAGAUGCCAAGUGACUUGCCUAGAGUCAUUUGCCAGCAGGUGAUGGAAUAGGGACUACGACCCACCCUGCAGCCUCUCCUGGGAGGACAACGCCCCUUCUCCCUCUCCAUGCACUCUUGAGGCAGCACAGAGGAGGCGUCUGGACGCGUUUACCUCUUCCCCACCCCCCACAGCUUGGCCCUCACUAAGCUAUCUUGUGUCCUUCCUCCUGCUGUGAUUGAUUCGCCCAGGAAGGUGGAGCUUCAUCUUUACCUUUCAAAAGAGGGAGCGCUCUCCCCUCCUCUGGGAGGCUGGAGACUCGGGGACAGAAGAUGCGCUGGAGGGAAGAGAAUGGAGCGUCGGACACCAGAAAAACUUUGGGGGAUUCGGGGUGAGAAAGAAGGCGUGAAGAGAGAAGGGAGGCUCAGCAGGGGAGGAGGGGCGGGGGCUGGAGCGGGAGGAGUCACUGCGCUGCGGCCGCCCCUCCCCGCCCUCCACUCGGCGGCCCCGGGCCCUCCUCCCCCUCCUCUUCCUCCUCCUCCUGGUGUGGAUGGCUGCGGCCAGAAUCGGAGCCCCAACCGCGCUGCCGCUCGGACCUCAGCCGGUGCCUGCAGCCCGGAGUCCCCUCCUGCCCUGGAAGGCAAGGAGUCAGGCCACGGGGCCACAGCCGCGGGGGCCACCACACUGGCCCAAAUAUUUCCUGCAGAGACAACCUAUUUGAUUUCUUGACAAGACCACAAUCUGAUCCCAAAGAUGUGCUCCACAAACCCAGGCAACUGGGUCACCUUUGAUGAUGAUCCUGCUUUUCAGUCUUCUCAAAAGUCAAAGAAUUUUCCUCUGGAGAAUCAAGGUGUCUGUAGACCAAAUGGACUGAAGCUGAACCUGCCUGGCCUCAGGGAAUUUCCCAGUGGAUCUUCCUCCACCAGCAGCACCCCUCUCUCCUCCCCCAUUGUAGACUUUUAUUUCAGUCCAGGACCUCCAAGUAACUCUCCUCUUUCUACACCUACCAAAGACUUCCCAGGUUUUCCUGGCAUCCCCAAAUCAGGGACUCAUGUGCUUUAUCCUAUUCCAGAAUCGUCUUCAGACAGCCCACUCACAAUAUCAGGAGGAGAAUCUUCCUUACUGCCUACCAGACCAACAUGUUUAUCCCAUGCCUUGUUACCCAGUGACCACUCAUGUACACAUCCAGCUCCCAAAGUAAGUCUUCCAGAUGAAGUUAACCCUCAACAGGCUGAAAGCCUAGGAUUCCAAAGUGAUGAUCUCCCCCAGUUUCAGUAUUUUCGAGAGGACUGUGCUUUUUCAAGUCCAUUUUGGAAAGAUGAAGGCAGUGAUUCCCAGUUCACCCUUGACCCACCAGGAAGCAAAAAGAUGUUCUCAUCAAGAGACAAGGAGAUGCCUAUUGAUCAAAAAAGCCUAAAUAAGUGUUCACUCAACUAUAUCUGUGAGAAGCUUGAACAUCUCCAGUCAGCUGAAAACCAAGACUCACUUAGAAGUUUGUCUAUGCACUGUCUAUGUGCUGAAGAAAAUGCCUCUUCCUUUGUCCCCCACACACUCUUCAGGAGUCAGCCAAAAGCCGGAUGGUCUUUCAUGCUGAGAAUUCCUGAGAAGAAGAAUAUGAUGUCUUCCCGGCAAUGGGGACCAAUUUUUCUGAAAGUUUUGCCUGGAGGAAUUUUGCAGAUGUAUUAUGAACAGGGAUUAGAAAAACCAUUUAAAGAGAUACAGCUUGAUCCAUAUUGUAGGCUUUCUGAACCCAAGGUUGAGAACUUCAGUGUAGCAGGAAAAAUCCACACUGUGAAGAUUGAACAUGUGUCUUACACAGAAAAAAGGAAAUACCAUUCUAAGACAGAAGUAGUUCAUGAACCAGACAUAGAGCAGAUGCUGAAGUUGGGGUCCACAUCAUACCAUGACUUCCUUGACUUUCUGACUACUGUGGAGGAGGAGCUGAUGAAGUUGCCAGCUGUUUCAAAACCAAAAAAGAACUACGAGGAGCAAGAAAUUUCCUUGGAAAUUGUGGACAACUUUUGGGGUAAAGUCACAAAAGAAGGAAAAUUGGCUGAAAGUGCUGUGAUAACUCACAUUUAUUGCCUCUGCUUUGUGAAUGGGAACCUGGAAUGCUUUUUAACCUUGAAUGACCUUGAGCUGCCGAAGCGAGAUGAAUCCUAUUAUGAGAAGGACUCAGAAAAAAAGGGGAUUGAUAUUCUUGACUACCAUUUUCGUAAGUGUGUGAAAGUACAAGAAUUUGAGCAAUCAAGAAUCAUUAAGUUUGUACCUCUGGAUGCCUGCCGGUUUGAGCUGAUGCGUUUCAAGACUUUGUAUAAUGGGGAUGAUCUUCCCUUUUCCUUGAAGUCUGUAGUGGUUGUCCAGGGAGCAUACGUGGAACUUCAGGCUUUUGUCAACAUGGCCCCAUUGGCGCAGAAGUCAUCCUAUGCUAGUUCCUUAAGGUCCUGUGACAAUAUAAUGAUACACUUUCCUGUCCCAUCGCAGUGGAUCAAGGCCCUUUGGACCAUGAACCUCCAGAGGCAGAAGUCUCUGAAAGCCAAAAUGAACCGCCGGGCGUGUCUGCGGAGUUUACAUGAACUUGAAUCUGAACCUGUCAUUCAAGUCACUGUGGGGUCAGCAAAAUAUGAGAGUGCCUACCAGGCAGUACUAUGGAAGAUAGAUCGGCUUCCAGACAAAAAUUCAAGUCUUGAUCAUCCCCAUUGUCUGUCAUACAAAUUAGAGCUUGGAUCAGACCAAGAAAUUCCAUCUGAUUGGUAUCCAUUUGCUACUGUUCAGUUUUCCGUGCCUGACACCUGUGCCUCAAGGACAGAGGUCAGGUCUCUGGGGGUGGAGAGUGAUGUCCAGCCACAGAAACAUGUUCAGCAGCGAGCUUGCUACAGCAUCCAGGUUGAAAUAGAAAAGAAGUGGAUUAAAAUCGAUGGAGAAGACCCAGAUAAAAUUGGUGACUGCAUAACUCAGUAGGAGUAGCAAGAGUUUAUGAUGACAGCCACUUGUCAAAUAUGUAAUUCACCGAAACCACACCAAGUCCUGCUACUGUAGAGUGGAAAUGACUUCUGAAUAGCGGUUUUAGGACAGGUCUGAUGGCUGUGUUUAGAGAAGUUUAGACCUAAAACUGAACAAUCUGUAUUUUAUGCUUUUCAUAUGUUUUUGUCCUAGGGGUUUGAUCUAAAAUGUUUCUAUAAUUUGUGUGAUGUUUUGCUUCGUAUUGAAACUCAAAGGCACUGUUACUCGUUGUGUGACCCCACAGCCAGUUUGAUUUUUGAUUACUCAGUGGCUGAUCGUUUUGCUCCCUGGAUUACUGAGGUGCCGUCUUUAUUUUUUCCCAUCUCUUCUUGCUGGUUAGUGCCUGUACUAGAGGGUAAGGGAAUCAAAGGAGACAUAAACCAAAAUGCUUUAUUUUCCCUCUUUCUUGCCUCUGAAAUAUGGCUAGGUGUAGAAUGAUGUUGAAACCACAGGCUAAAAUGUAGAUCUGGAAGUAUCUGUGCUUUUGAAUUACUUAUUUACCUGUCCUCUUACCAUUGGUAAAUAAUAAUUGGCUAUAUUUGGUACCUGUCUCUCUCCUACUGUGUUGUCAUUUUCAAAAUGUGUUUGUUUUCUGGUGUGUGCUGCAAAGAAGCUAUUUCUGUUGUCCUACAUAUUUUAGUAUAAAUCACUAAGACAUAUUUCCUUUCACUUGGCAGGAUUCUUUUCAAAAUGGAAUCUGAGUAUUAGACACUAGUUAAAAUAUUUAUGUAUAUUAAAGAUGAAUUUUUAAAACUUAUAGAUACUAUUUUCCAAAAGUACAGAUUCUAAGGACAUAUUUUGAUAAAGUAUUAUUUGUAAUGAACACAAGCCUCUCUUGAGUAGAAGUCUAAAUCACAUUAUGAUUAUUUUGUACUAGUUCUGCUAUCAUGCUCUUUUAUGCUAAUUCUGCUUAUUUUAGAGUAUUUUUCAUUAAAAGGUGAGCAAAGUGAAAGAUGCUUGGUAUUUUACCCAGAUUUCUAAGAGGCAACAUUUUUAUUCUUCAGAGUCAGGUAAAUGACUAUAAUAGUUUGAUUUCUAAUGAAAAGUCAAUAGCAUUAGCAGUUAUAAUUCUGUUUAUAAUUUCCUUUUAGCAUUUACAGUGAAAAGUGAGAAUUUUAAAAUUUAUAAAAUCUAUAUUCCAGGUAUCGUUUUUAGUCUGAAAAACAAACUCCUCCAUGUGGUAUUAAUAUACCUUCAAUUUAUGUUGAAUCUUAAACAUAAUUAGGAGAUAUUUUUCUCUAUUUGCUAGAUUUGUUUUGAGUCAAAACUGAUUUAAUGUUCUUCCAAACAUUAUGUGUUGGCCUACAGAGUUUAUUUCAUGUGUUUUAUUUAAUAUUUAAUAUUAUAUUACAUUCAUUGAAAUCUGUUCAAAAACAGAUUAAGACAAACAUUUAUGAUGGUCUGUAUCAAUCAGCAGAUUUUAUUGCUUUUCAUUAUUUUACUGUAAAGGCAAAGAAUGCAAUAGGUGAUGGUUGGUUGAAAGGAAUUGCUAUUGCUGUUUUUAUUUUUUACUUUUUUUGAGGCAGAGUCUCACUCUGUUGCCCAGGCUGGAGUGCAGUCGUGUGAUCUUGGCUCACUGCAACCUGCGCCUCCUGGGUUCAAGGGAUUCUCCUGCCUCAGCCUCCACCUAGCUGGGAUUACAGGCACAAGCCACCCUGCCUGGCUAAAAUUCUUUUAUAUUUUUAGUACAGACGGAGUUUCCCCAUGUUGGCCAGGCUGGUCUCGAACUCCUGACCUCAGGUGAUCUGCCAGCCUCGGCCCCCCAAAGUUCUGGGAUUACAUGCGUGAACCACCAUGCCCGGCCGCUAUUGCUCUUUUUAACUUCAUUUGAUGCCUUGCUUAUAAUAUCAUAUGCUUGAGGCUCACUGUUGAUGUAGAGUAGGGCAAAUCUGUGUGUGUAUGUCAUUUAAAAAAAUUCCACCAUCUUUCCUUAUCAUCUGGUGUGGGCGCACUCUAGAGUGACUUCAGUCUGCUCAGAACGAAUAUGGAGGCAGGCCGAAACUGAUGCUGCCCACAGUCCCACUGAAGUUAGGUGGGUUAAUUACUGCCAUUCCUUUCUAAGUGUGUUUUAUGGCAUCCUGCCCACAAAGAACUCACGGUCUGAUUAGGAUGAACUUAAUGACUAUUUACACCUCAAAAUAUAUUCAGCAAAGGGUUCACUUAAUCUCCCCUCAUGCUUCACAGGUCCACUAGUAUCUGUGGGUACUUCCCUGCCCAGUUUAUUCACUCACAAGCCACCGGGCCUUCAGGACAUCUCAAGAUUCAGUCUUGACAAUAUAAUAGCAAAAGCUGGACUAAAGCCCAAAUGGAGUGUCUGUGGCAAUGCAGAGGCUGAUAGCAUUAACAGCAGGGUGUUAUAGCAUAAUUGUUAAUUCGCACAUCUAUUAGGAUCCUUAAAUAUUCAUUACUUAGUGUUAAAUUAACAUUCUGUGUAGGGAGGGGAGGCUUAUUCAGUUCUUCUGACCUCAGAACUGGCAGGAGGUCAGACGUGACUACAGAACUCUAGGUGAAAAAUCAGGUAGGGUUCAAAUUAAGUAGAACUGCCCUCGCCCGAAUAGCGAUCUUCAAAAAACCCUUGCUUUUAAGGGAGGGAAGCGGGGAAGGAAAGGAAUGAGGGAGGAAAUAUUCCUUUCCAGCAUUCAAUUUGCUUAGAUCAUUCCAUUGUGAGUUUGACCAUUUUGGAGUCAAAUGAGCAGACUUCCAAGGAGUUGACCAGUUUGUGACUAGUCUGGUCACCUUUCCAGUUACAAGAUCAUAUUAACUGUGUAAAUGAAUUCACGGGUAGAUCAUUUGUGCAGAUCUGAAUUUAAGGACAUUUCCUUUUUCUGUGGGAAUCAUAAGAGUUUAUCCAUUAAAAAAAGAUACUUUCCAGCACAUAAAUAAAGGCUGGAAUUUUACAACCUGAUGUAUAUAUUAGACAGUUCUAGGAUGUUAGUGCCCUUCAUUCCAGAGCUGUGCUUGUGAUACAGCCCCUUUUCUUAUAAAUUCAGUUAGAAGGCCUUCCUUAACAAUGACUAUUAUAAUGUUUUACUUAAAAUACAGUUUUAUAUUCUGUCAAUGCAAAUAUAAAACAGGUUGAGCCUUAAUAAUCAUGUAACAAAACAUUUUGUAGAUUACAUAUUGAUUUUUCAAAAAUUAAAAAUGUAUUUCAAACUA